AUGAAUGUCAAUAAAGAAAAUCCUAAUAAAGAAAAUCCUAAUAAAGAAAAACAGGUUCAAAAUGUUGAUGACAAAGUUUUGGAUGAUCGUGCGUCCUCGUUUAGUAGUGAUUGUGUAGUAGUACAGAAAAGCGUCCAGGCUAAUUUUGAAGCCAAUUUUGGUCGUAUGUCGGUCGAUGUGUUAAGGUUCUUGUGUCACGAGUUGGGGAUUGCUGAAUCGGGUUCAAAACAGGAUCUGGUUAAUCGUUUGGUUAGCGAGAGUAAGAGAAGGGAAGUUUCUGGCGACACUUUUGCUGAGAAGAAUAAGGCUUUUGCUGGUGGUGAGGGUGCUUCCGCACCUAUGUUUGGCAGUGUUGGUUCUUCGCUUUUUGAGCCAGUGGCUGGUUCUACUAGUAGUACGGGUGAUGUUAGACCUGGGGAAAAGAGGUUUGUCUCGAAUACAUUAGGUAAUGAUCAAUAUCAACAAACCGCUUGGUUCCUGAAUAAAACUCUAGGUUCUUGUGAAAGACCUAGAGUGGCACAAGAACAAAGUUUCGCCAGAUAUGAGCCUCAAGAUAAGCAAGUGCAAACGUCGUUUUUUCAGGGAGUACAGCCUCUUUUGCCUACGUUGGUUCAGCCUCAACCAUUUGUACAACCGUUGUGGCAUCAGGCUCCUUUUCAGGCAAUGGGAUCUGGUCCUCAAGUAUCUCAAGAUAGCUUCUCUCGGAAUUUAGCACAUAGCCCACAGAUACAACUUAGUUACGGCAAGGUUCAGCAAUCAGCUAGUAAUUCAGGUGCUAAUGGUAGAAUCGGGUUAAGAGGUUUACCGGAUCCAACCAGGAACAGUGCGGUUCAAUUUUUAGUCAAUAGUGUAAAGAAAUGGGUAGCACGUGAUGCAGAAACGGUUUGGCCUAGAUACCCUUUAUCAGUGGAGGCAAUAAAGCAUUAUUUUCUUUUUCCUCCAGAAGAAAAUAUGGAUAAAUAA